AAGGAAGGAGUGUUUGCAGGCUGUAGGGACAGGUAGCCUGAAGUUACUCUUGAGGAGGGAGUUGAGAGGCUGGCAAACACAGAGGGUGGGGAGAGCUCAAUACAGUGGGAAAGGCAGUAAAAUAACCUUGGCUGCUAAUUAAAGGGUCCCUGAGCUGGAUUAGAUUAGAGGGUGGACCUGGGUUUCCCUGCUAGCCACUGAAGACAUAGGGCAGUGAGUGAGCAGACUAUCUAAGACAGAGAACCUGGCAAUGAGGCAGUGAAUGGAAAGACUGCCCAAAAUUGCUGCUGAAAGACUUUUUUGAUCCUCCGGAAGGGGAAAACAUGUAUAGUGACCUGGCUGGAGGACUGAGUCACCAAGAGACAGUAGCAGCUCAGUGAGCAAGAAGGGCUGCAGACCCAGAGAGAGACAGCAUGCAACCCUGGAAAGAUGUAUUAUUGCCCUUGUGAAGCUAAUCCCCAGAAUGGCCAGGAGGAGGUUCCACCUGUGCAGGGGAUGCCUCCAGCAGACAUUACCAUAAGAUGUCACUGUGGUAGAUGGGGAAAACUGUCCGAGUUGAAUGGGAAUACUGAUGUUCAAGAUACAGAACUUGUUCAUAGCAGAUAAAUCAGGCAGCUCCUGCCAGGCUGAGGAUUCCAACUUCAGGAUCCCGUCUUCGCCAGGAGGACUUUCCACCGCGGAUUGUUGAGCAUCCUUCAGAUGUGAUAGUCUCUAAGGGAGAGCCAACAACUCUGAACUGUAAAGCCGAGGGAAGGCCAACUCCCACUAUUGAAUGGUACAAGGAUGGAGAGCGAGUAGAGACUGACAAAGAUGACCCCCGUUCCCACCGUAUGCUGCUGCCCACCGGAUCUUUAUUUUUCUUACGCAUUGUACAUGGACGCAGGAGCAAACCUGAUGAAGGAAGUUAUGUUUGUGUUGCAAGGAACUAUCUUGGUGAAGCUGUGAGUCGCAAUGCAUCUCUGGAAGUAGCAUUGCUACGGGAUGACUUUCGCCAAAACCCUACCGAUGUUGUUGUGGCAGCUGGAGAACCUGCUAUUCUGGAGUGCCAGCCUCCUCGAGGACAUCCUGAGCCCACAAUCUACUGGAAGAAAGAUAAAAUCCGCAUUGACGACAGGGAAGAGAGAAUCAGUAUACGAGGUGGGAAACUAAUGAUCUCAAACACGAGGAAAAGUGAUGCUGGCAUGUACACUUGUGUCGGUACCAACAUGGUGGGCGAACGAGACAGCGAUCCAGCAGAGCUGACUGUCUUUGAACGACCCACGUUUCUCAGGAGACCAAUUAACCAAGUGGUUCUGGAGGAAGAGGCAGUAGAAUUCCGAUGUCAGGUCCAGGGGGAUCCUCAGCCAACAGUCCGGUGGAAGAAAGAUGAUGUGGAUUUGCCAAGAGGAAGAUAUGACAUCAAAGAUGAUUAUACCUUACGCAUUAAAAAGGCCACGAGCACAGAUGAGGGAACCUACACAUGCAUUGCUGAGAAUCGAGUUGGAAAAGUAGAAGCCUCUGCCACCCUCACAGUUCGAGCUCGCCCUGUUGCUCCCCCGCAGUUUGUGAUAAGGCCACGAGACCAGAUUGUAGCCCAGGGAAGAACAGUGACCUUUCCCUGUGAAACUAAAGGAAAUCCCCAGCCUGCUGUUUUUUGGCAAAAGGAAGGCAGCCAGAAUCUACUCUUUCCAAACCAGCCUCUCCAGCCCAACAGUAGAUAUUCAGUAUCACCAACAGGCGACCUCACUAUUACUAACAUUCAACGAUCUGAUGCAGGCUACUACAUCUGUCAGGCACUGACGGUUGCUGGGAGCAUUUUAGCAAAAGCUCAACUGGAAGUUACUGAUGUUUUGACAGAUAGGCCUCCACCCAUCAUUCUCCAAGGUCCAGCCAAUCAGACGUUGGCAGUAGAUGGGACAGCUUUGUUGAAGUGUAAGGCCACUGGCGACCCACUUCCUGUUAUUAGCUGGUUAAAGGAAGGAUUCAUGUUCCUGGGCAGAGAUCCUAGAACAUCAAUACAGGAGCAGGGGACCUUGCAGAUUAAAAGUCUACGCAUAUCUGACACUGGCACUUACACAUGUGUGGCCACAAGUUCAAGUGGGGAGACAUCCUGGAGCGCUGUGCUAGAGGUGACAGAGUCUGGUGGAGCAACAAUCAGUAAAAAUUAUGAUUUGAUUGAUCUUCCUGGGCCACCAUCCAAACCCCAGGUCACUGAUGUUACUAAGAACAGUGUCACCUUGUCCUGGCAGCCAGGCACCCCUGGAAGCUUACCAGCUAGUGCAUAUAUCAUUGAGGCUUUUAGCCAAUCUGUGAGCAAUAGCUGGCAAACAGUUGCUAAUCAUGUAAAGACAACACUCUACACUUUAAGAGGAUUGCGACCCAAUACAAUCUACCUGUUUAUGGUGAGAGCAAUCAACUCACAAGGUCUGAGUGACCCCAGCCCUAUGUCAGAUCCUGUCCGCACACAAGAUAUCAGCCCACCAGCACAAGGAGUGGAUCACAGGCAAGUCCAGAAAGAGUUAGGAGACGUCAUUGUACGGCUACAUAAUCCUGUUGUGCUGACACCCACUACAGUUCAAGUCACCUGGACAGUUGACCGCCAAUCCCAGUUUAUUCAGGGCUAUCGAGUAAUGUAUCGCCAAACAUCAGGCCUGUCUUCUCCAAUGACAUGGCAGAAUUUGGAUGUGAAAGUCCCCACUGAGCGCAGUGCUGUCCUAGUCAACUUGAAAAAAGGGAUUUCUUAUGAAAUUAAAGUUCGACCCUAUUUCAAUGAGUUCCAAGGAAUGGAUAGUGAAUCAAAGUCUGCCCGUACGACUGAAGAAGCUCCAAGUGCCCCGCCACAGUCUGUUACUGUUCUAACAGUUGGAAACCAUAACAGCACAAGCAUCAGCAUUUCCUGGGACCCUCCCCCGCCAGAUCACCAAAAUGGAAUCAUCCAGGAGUAUAAGAUCUGGUGCCUAGGUAAUGAGACUCGAUUUCACAUCAACAAAACAGUAGAUGCAGCCAUUCGCUCUGUAGUGAUAGGUGGCCUAUACCCUGGUAUUCAAUAUCGAGUGGAAGUUGCAGCAAGUACCAGUGCAGGUGUUGGAGUAAAAAGUGAACCACAACCCAUAAUAAUUGGAGGUCGUAACGAAGUUGUCAUCACUGAAAAUAACAACAGCAUAACUGAGCAAAUCACUGAUGUUGUCAAGCAGCCUGCCUUUAUAGCUGGCAUUGGUGGGGCAUGCUGGGUAAUUCUGAUGGGUUUCAGCAUCUGGCUGUAUUGGCGAAGAAAGAAGAGGAAGGGGCUGAGCAAUUAUGCUGUCACUUUUCAAAGAGGAGAUGGAGGACUAAUGAGCAAUGGAAGUCGACCAGGUCUGUUGAAUGCAAGUGACCCCAGUUAUCCUUGGCUUGCAGACUCUUGGCCUGCCACCAGUCUGCCAGUAAACAACAGCACUACUGGACCUAACGAUCUUGGGAAUUUUGGUCGUGGAGAUGUGCUGCCACCAGUGCCAGGCCAAGGGGAUAAAACUGCCACUAUGCUUUCUGAUGGAGCCAUUUACAGCAGCAUUGACUUCACCACCAAAACUAGUUACAACAGUUCCAGCCAAAUCACACAAGCUACACCAUAUGCCACCACACAGAUUCUGCAUUCCAACAGCAUCCAUGAGUUGGCAGUUGACUUACCUGAUCCUCAGUGGAAAAGCUCAAUUCAGCAAAAAACUGACCUCAUCGGAUUUGGUUACUCUCUGCCGGACCAAAGCAAAGGCAACAACGCCUUACUUUACAUCCCUGACUACCGAUUGGCUGAGGGAUUGUCUAAUAGAAUGCCACACAACCAGUCACAGGAUUUCAGCACCACCAGCUCUCACAACAGCUCAGAAAGAAGUGGCAGCCUUUCAGGUGGGAAAGGAGGAAAAAAGAAGAAAAACAAAAAUACUUCCAAGCCCCAGAAAAAUAAUGGGUCUAACUGGGCCAAUAUUCCUCUACCACCUCCUCCAGUGCAGCCGCUCCCAGGCACAGAGCUAGAGCACUAUGGAGAGGACCAGCAAGAAGCAGGAUAUGACAGUGAUGGUUGGUGUCCUCCUUUACCGGUUCAGACAUACUUACACCAGGGCCUGGAGGAUGAGCUUGAAGAAGAUGAUGACAGAGUGCCUACACCACCUGUCCGAGGGGUGGCCUCCUCACCAGCAAUCUCCUUUGGGCAACAGUCCACUGCAACUCUCACACCUUCUCCACGAGAGGAAAUGCAGCCAAUGCUUCAAGCCCACCUUGAUGAAUUAACCAGGGCCUACCAGUUUGACAUAGCAAAGCAAACAUGGCACAUCCAAAGCAAUACUCAACCUCCUCUGGCGCCAGUUCCACCACUUGGAUAUGUAGCUGGAACCCUUAUUUCAGAUUUGGAAACAGACAUUCCAGAUGAUGAUGAGGAUGAUAUUGAAGAAGAAGCUAUAGAAAUCACUAGGCCACUAAGAGGUCUAGAGCAUACUCCGGGAUCCAGUAUGGACAAUCUAGACAGCUCUGUGACAGGUUCAAUGGUAAAUGGAUGGGGUUCUGCGUCUGAUGAGGACCGUAACUUUUCUAGUCAUAGAUCUAGUGUAGGUAGCUCCUCAGAUGACUCGAUCUUUACCAGCGGCAGUUUUGCACAAGCAUUGGUUGCAGCAGCAGAUAAAGCUGGGUUUAGGCUGGAUGGAACCAGCCUGACAAGAACAGGCAAAGCAUACCCUUCCUCUCAGCGACCUCGGCCAAGCAGCCCAUUUUCAACUGACAGUAACACCAGUGCAGCCCUGAAUCAGAGUCAGAGGCCUAGGCCUACUAAAAAACACAAGGGGGGUAGAUUGGACCAACUCCCAUUGCCUCAUCGCAGGGAGGGAAUGACAGACGAUCUUCCACCACCACCAGAUCCGCCCCCUGGUCAGGGUUUAAGGCAGCAAAUAGGCCCUGGCCAGCGUGGAGGCUCGGCAGAGAGAAAAGGAAGCUCUCUUGAGAGGCAGCAUACUUCCAACAUAGAUGAAACAAAGAGCUCAUUGGAUCGUCAAGCUAGAACAUCAUUAGAGUGGCAGCGACAAACCCAGGAAUGGAUAAGCUCCACAGAACGUCAAGAAGAUUUCAGGAAAGCCCAACAUAAACAAGCAUUUGGAUCAGAAGAGGCACUGGUGCCAUAUAGUAAGCCCAGUUUCCCAUCCCCAGGUGGUCACAGCUCUUCAGGAACAGCUUCUUCUAAAGGAUCGACUGGACCCAGAAAAGGCGAAGCCUUGCGAGGAGGUCACCAACGCAAUGCUAGUGACCUUCUUGAUGUAGGAUAUAUGGGAUCAAAUAAUCCAGGACAGUUUACUGGUGAAUUAUAGUAGUUGAGAAGAGACAUCCCAAGCUGCUCUGAAGGACCAUCAGGUCUGAACUCAUGGAAGUGAUGACACUAAACAGUGCAAUGAACAUUUUCUUUAUUUAUGUACUAUUAAAAGAACUGUAAAUGCAAUGUAAAGACACACAGCCACACAUAUCCCACAGAUACUUGUGUUCGUCUCUUUAAUACACCAUCCACCUUAAACUAUUUCUUGUCAGGAGUAUAUAAAAAGAAAGAAAAAAAAAUCACCCUCCAGGAUGAAAAUGAUUUCCCUCUGUAUAUAAUUUCUUUUGUUGCAUUGCUAUGCAAGCUCACCUUCUUUUUAGCUAUGUUCAUAUUAUUGUCUGUUCUUAUUGGUCUGUUGUACUAUAUGUGAAUUAAUAGGCUGUGGUGCCAUAUAUUAACUUUUAAUUGUGUAACUUUUAUGUUUAAAGUUUGCACUGCAAUUUUAUUUGGUGAUAAGCACAAAACUCUACUCAUUGUGACAUGAAGAAGAAGAAGACUGAAUGUGUGAAGAGCGUUUUAUGUGCUGUAAGCUGUGUUGGAUAAUGCUGGAUGUAAUGGAGUAUGGUAAAUGGUUUUCCAUUGGGGUGUAGAAAUAGGAAGAUGACAGGCAAAACUGAUGUUAGCAAAGAUGUCAGGGACAGAAUUAAAUCUUUUAAUAACAAGCAACAUAGUUGCUCUUACUAUUUAAAAAAAAAGGGGGGGUGUCAAAAGAUGAAAAUGUGAGUUUCAAGAGUGAAUAUGAAAAAAGUGACUACAGAGUUGAACUGUGACCUCUGAACAGAACGCUAAGCUUCUCAACUCUUAGGAUCAGUUUUUACCUGCCCAAUAUAAUUAAAUAAUGGAAGGGGGGGAGGAGGGGAAAACUUGCUACAAACAAAAGAAAUUAAGGUGUUUCACUAAAGCUGUUUUUAUGUUACAUUUUAAAAAGAAUUACCAUAAUUAAUCUCUCAAAGCCAGCAUGUAAUGCAGAAAUUCCCCCAGGAAAAAGAAACAAUAUAAACUCUGGGAUUACCUAGCAAAUAGUUAAAGAUGCAAUUUAUUAUUGAGACAUAUUCAAGAUGCUUCUGAAAAAUAAAAUAUGUUGGAGUAUCUUAGUUCAUCUUUCCAAUACAUGUACAGUAAAAUAGAGGAUAGAGCUGCACCACUGAAAUUCAUUUACAUGAGUUGUUUUUUAUGCAGUCUAGAAACUUUUGUGUUUUAUUAACUGAAGUCCUCAAUAACUGAAGUUGAUUCCACGGAAUUUGCAGCAAAAUUCUUAGUGUUUGAAAAAGAAAGCAAUGGUAAAAUUAUAUUCAGUUUGCAGUAAAUAUUUUUCUUUCAAUGCAAUAUGUUCUCAGAAAUUGGAUACAAACAAAAAAAACUUUGACCUACUUUUAACGUGUGAAUUUAAACCCUACUAUAAUAACAAAGUAACGCAUGUUUAUACACUUUUUGAAUAAACCAAACUCUGUAAGUGGACAUUAUUAACAGCAUCCUGUCUCAUCAUUAGUUUUCAUGACUUUCUCUAGAUUUUCUGCACCUCCAAAAUCCCUAUGAGUAAAUUUUUCAAACAUUUGUUAGAAUAUGCUACAUGUAUUGUAUACCACAUUCAUUCAAUACUUAAUUUAAAUAUUACAUUCUACAGGUUUUUUUUCUAUUAAUCACCUAAUCAUGAAUGCAAGUUUGCAUUUAAACACCCUUUAAGUAUAUCCUGUCUAUGUUGUUUUGUAUAUCGCCUUGGAGUUCACCAGUAUUAAGUGAAGUACACUUUUAGUGAUGGCAAAGUCCUCGGACAAGUAAAUUACACUGCUAAAUAUAUGUGCUUCUUUUCAUUUUGUUUAAUUGUUCCAUUAUACAAUAAAACACUACAGUUUUCAAUUUUAUUCAGAACUGUCAAAUAUCAAAAACUGGUAUUUAAACUUUUCUUAAGGUCAAAUCCGUUACUUAGCUGGUUACAAGACAAAAACAAAAUGUAUGAAUUUAUUUAUAUAUGUAACCAAUGAAUAUAUGUAAUUUUCCUGCUGAUUAAAUGAAUAUAGUUAAAGCCAUUGUCUGUAAACGUACAGAAAUAUUCAACAAAGGUAAAAAGGGCAUCAGAUUUAUGCUGACUCUGAUAUGUGAAGAUAGAGAUUCUUCAGCACACUUCUCAAAUUUUGGUUCACUGGAAACAUUUCAAUAUGACUAGAGAGGAUUUUGAUUUGAACACUUGUCCUGAGCUUUGGUGGAACACCUUUCUCAUUAGGUUCUAUUUUAAAAUUGGAAUAAUGAGAAGUUGACAAAAGCCAUCCCAAUUACUUUCAGAUAUGUUUUAUCUAUUCCACUGGAAAGUAAAUGUGCGUCAGUAUUAAAGCUGUGCAGUAUCAUGAUAUUCACUACCUUGUCCAUCUGCUUCUGUAUGUUUUUGUUCAUUAAUAAUUUGCUUACAAUAUUACAUAACAAGUUGUCCGUGUGUAUCUCCAAGUGUCUCCAUUAUCUUACAAGUGAUCUUUUUUUUCCUCUUUUCUAUACAGUGUACUUCCAACAAACCACAAUACAUAUUUUUUAAAAUGCAGUUUAAUUUACUAUUUUUAAAAAAAAUAUUAUUUCUGGUUUUUAAACCGAAAACAUUUAUUGUGAAUAAUGUGCUUUUUAAAAGGGGAUGUUGUGGCGGCACAUAGUUUUCCAAUUUGUUUUUUUUAAUUUGUUUAUUGACUACAGCUUGUUCAUGAAAAAGUAUGACCUCUUAAUGUGUUUCAUUGGUAUUGUUAGUGCAGCAAAGUUUAAUUGCCAUAAGAAGUUGGUUAAUAGUAUUGUUGAGCUGUGUAUUGUAUAUUUACUGGGGAAAAAAAUAAAACACAUUCACAUUUCAAAUUUAUGUUAAAAUAAUGUGAGUAAGGAGUCAAUAUGUGAAAAGAGUAAAUAAACGUAAAUAACCUAAAAAAAACCCUAAAUAAAUCAGUCCAAUGGCUAGAAGUUGAUGCUAGACAAAUUCAAGACUGGAAAUAAUAUGUAAAUUUUUAACUGUGAGAGUAAUUAGCCAUUGGAACAAUUUACCAAGGGCUAUGGUGGAUUCUCCUCCAUCUCUGACAAAUUUUAAAUCACAAAUGGAUGUUUUUUAAAAGAUAUGUUCUAGGAAUUAUUUUGGGGAAGUUCUAUGCCCUGGGUUAUACAAGAGGUCAGAUUAGAUUAUCACAACAGUCCCUUCUGGCCUUGGAAUCUAUAAAUCUAUAAACUGGGAACAAACAGGGAAUUAUAACAUAUACUGAGCUAUAAUGCUCACUGUCUACUUACAGGUACCAAGUAUUGCUGAACACUGCUGCUAACUUUCUUAGGAACUCUGGGACAAAUUUACCACCAGUGUCAGUGGCAUGACAUAAUUGAAAUCAACUCUGCUGUGCCUGUUUAGGCUAGUGGUAAAUAUUGCUCAUCAUGGGGGAUUUGUGUCUAAGGUCUCAUCUAGAGUGAGAAUAGUUGUACAAAUGUAACUUCAACAAUUUAGCAAUGUUGGUGCCACACUCCCCAGUGUAGACGUGCUGCAUCAAUGUAAUACAAGGCUUGCAGCUGUAUGGCUUACCAUGGAUUGAAACUGUUUUACAUUGAUGCAGCACAUCUACCCUGGGGAUUUGAACUGGUGUAGGUACACUGGUACAAAUAUCCCCAGUAUAAACAGACUCUAAACCAGUUUUCCCUGAGGUUUGCAUAGAGUAAAUAAUAAGGAAAAGACAGCUGAAAUAAUAAAAAAAAAAUCUGUACUUCAGAAUACUGUUUGGGCAGCUACUUCAACGAUACAUACAGAAAUACAAAUGGCAACCUGAAACAGAAUAUUUAUUAAACAUUAACAUUAAGGUCCUGAUCUAAAGCCCAUUCUUUUGAAUGAGCCUUUCCAUUGAUUCAAAGGUUAUUAAACCAGGGCCAAAUGCCCUGCUCUGCAUCUUUAAUACAUCCCCAAAUCAUCAUUAACUUCAACAGGUCUUUGAAGUGUUUAAGAAAUGCAGGACCCAGGUUGCAAAUAUCUCCCUAAGGUCCUUAAAUACAACAGAAACAGUUUUUGUACUUUGUGGUACACAAAUUCUUGGGCGGGGGGGAGAGGGGAGAGAAUUCUUUAAAACACAUGGAUUGUUUUAAUGUAUUUAUUAAACUAUACUGAGAGCUAGAAAAUUAUGAAUCAGUCCGAAAUAACUCUAGCUUGUGUUUGCCUCCAACCUGUAUGUUGCCUGACAAUGGAAAAGUUCAGCAGCAGCGUUGAGGAAGAGUCCUGAAAUUUGAAAAGUAGAUGUGCUUUAUUUUAGGCCAUGUCCAUUGUUGUUGUUGUUCUUGUUUUUCAAAUUAGUGGAGAUUGAGCUGAGGAGUGAAGGCAAAAAAAAAAG